AUGGCGGAUGGAGAAAAGACCUCGCUGAAGGAUAUGCUGCGCAGUAACGAGGCGCUUCGAGCCACAGACGGGAGGGAUUACAUCUACGGUAUGUUGGGCGUGACGCAAGACAUCAGUAUCAAGCCCGACUAUGGGAUUUCGGUCGAGGACGCAUACACGGCAGCCGCAGCGCCCAUAAUCAAGCAGGGGAAGAACCUCAACCUCAUCUGUGACCCUAAUGCGUACUACGGCCUCAUCCCGGAAUGGGUUCUGCACACUGACGAAGACUUCCGUCCGCCCUCGUGGGUCCCGCGGUUUAUCAGAGGCAGCUCUCUCGACGAGUUUCAGGGCAUGCCGUCGAUAUACAAGGCCAAUAGAGAACAAAGGAACGCCGAGGGAAGCUUUGUCAUCGAAGAUGAUACACUUAUCGCUGAAGGCUGCCACGUAGACCACGUCCUCUACAUCGGGAGGUACAACGACAACCCGGUGAAGAGCCAUCGUUCCUGGCACUCCACCACCUGCGCACAAGUCCAAGAAAUCCGCCAUCUUGCCGACGACGGCACACUCAACGCCACAGACACUAUACGGCGCACACCGCUCGGCGACCGUAGCCUCAGCGGCGCGCGACUCACCGACCCCGAGAUCGCGGAACACCCGGCGCGCGGCUCUUUGCUCGCACAGUGCGCAUUAUGGCUUCGUGUAGGGAGGCGUUUGCGCUGA